AUGAGUUCAGGAAAAAAGAAAUUGACAGAUGAAGAAGUUCGAGAAAUGAUAGAAGAUAGUGAUGAUGAGGACUUCAGUGACGGAAGUGAUGAAGAAUUCGUACCGAGUGGAGAAGAGCUGGAAGACUCGGAAAUGGAAGAUGUCAUCGAAGACAUCGAAUAUGAUAGAAACUAUGUUUGCGAAAGCCAACCAAAUGAAAACGAUAGGAAUCGAGCAUCGUCUAGUCCUUCCGAAUCAACCGACGAGGAAAGCGAUCCUGUAAGAGGAAGCCCACGCCAGCUUCCGUUUGAACAACAAGAAAAUUUGAUAUGGUUAAGUGAUGUAUUAGCCUUAGGAAGAGAAAACUUUUCUGGCAAUCCGGGGGUUCGAAAUAUUGAAGAAAUAUUAGACGAAGAUCGAAAAGUCAAUAUUAUAAAAAUAUUUGAAUACUUUUUGGAUGAUAGUCUGAUUGAAGAAAUGGUUACGCACACAAAUAAUUACGCCCAGACUUACCAAAAUGUUCGAAGCGGACUACACAGCAGAAUGAAACGAUGGAAACCUGUGGACAAAGGCGAUUUGAAAAAAUUGUUCGGUAUAAUUAUGUUCAUGGGUGUAAAAAUAUUACCGUCAAUAGAACAUUAUUGGAAGUUAGAUAUUUUGUACUAUUGUCCACUUAUGCAUUCCAUUCAGAUGUCAUACAACAGGUUCGUGACGAUUCUUCGAUGUUGGCAUUUUGCGGAUAUGCAGGUAGACAACAGCAACAUAACUCAUAAAAUUGAUUCUCUCGUACAAAAACUUGUGGGAAAAUUCCGAAGUUUAUAUGUUCCACCGGAAGUUAUCGUUGUAGACGAGUUGAUGAUUAAAUUUUACGGAAGAUUACGAAUAAAAACGUACAAUCCUUCUAAAGCCAGCUCUUAUGGUAUAAAAGUAUAUAAGCUCUGUACAGUAAACAGCUAUACAUGGUCUUACGAAAUUUAUGCGGGUGCCUCUAUUCAGUAUGAGGGGCUAGAUAAACCUGGAACUGUCGUUGCAAAAUUAUGCGAGCUACUUCUAGAUCAAGGACGAGUACUUAUUGCUGACAUCUACUAUACCAGUGUUCCUUUGGCAAAAUACUUAAAAGAUCGUAAAACUGAUAAAAUCUGCGGAACCUUACGAAAAAAUCGAGUGGGAUUGCCAUUGAACGUUACCAAAUCGAAACUGAAAAAAGGACAAUGUGUCGCUAGACAAAAAGAUAACUAUAUUACCGUGUUGAAGUGGCAUGAUAAACGUGAUGUUCUCAUGAUAUCCACUUGUCAUGGGGACGAGAUGACCAGCGUGCGUACGAGAUUGGGUGAAACAUUGAAGCCAAAUGCCGUCAUCGAUUACAACGAUGCAAAGAAGGGCAUAGAUGUAGCAGACCAGCUUUCCCCAUAUCAUUCUCCGUUGCACAAAAGUCUGACUUGGUUCAAAAAAGUUGCUGUUGACUUGCUUUUUAGAGUAGCGGUGGUUAAUGCGAGAUGCAUAUACAACGAGUAUUCCACCGGGGCUCCACUUACCAUGCUAGAAGUCCAGGAGCAAAUUAUUCGACAUCUUCUUGGACCUUCUGCAAACGUAACCACACCAGCUAGGCCUCCCUCCCAAGGGCUGUCGACACAUAAGCUAACAGAAAUUCCUCGACGAAACAACAUGCUUGUGCGAAAACGUUGCACAAAUUGCUACACAAAAUUACGCAAGGAAGAAAUGCCGGCUGCCUCGAAAGCCAAGCAAGUGCAUACGGAAUGUAUUCAGUGCCAGAAAGCUUUUUGUUUAGACUGCUUCAAUAACGUUCAUUGUUGA